AUGGCAUAUAAGAGAUCAUAUUCCAAUAGAGGGUCAUAUAAUAAUCCAGCUCCUAGCAGUUCUUCCAGUAGUAGUGACGAUGUUGUAAUUGAAUUGGAUAAGAAAAAGCAAGUGACUAUUCGUAAAUUCAAUAAUAUUAAUCUUAUUGACAUUAGAGAAUUUUAUGUUGAUAAAGAUGGAGAGAAGAAACCAGGUAAAAAGGGAAUCUCUUUAACCGAAGAUACAUGGUUUAAAUUACUAGAUUCUACAAAUAAGAUUCAAAAUGCAUUAGAUCUUUUAAAUGGUCAUUUACCUAAAGAUGUAAGACCAAGUGUUCCAGCACCUGUAACUAAAAAGGCUAAAAUAGAAAAGAAAAAAGUUGAAGAUAGUGAUGAUGAAGAGUUUGAAGAUGUGGAUAUUAGUCAACCUCCAAAACAACAACAAACUGCUCGUAAGGCGCCAGCCGCACCUCCAACAACCGCAACUGAUGUAUUGGAAAAGCAAGAAGAACAAGAAGAGGAAGAAAGUGAUGCUGAUGAAUAA